AUGGGUGGCGAUCUGAACCUCAAGAAAUCAUGGCACCCCGUGCUCAUGAGCAACCAAAAGAAGGUAUGGGAGGAAGAAAAGAAAGCGCUAGAGGAGCGCAAGAAGAUUGAUCAGAUCAUGAAAGAACGGGCCGAAGAGCGAGCAAUCCAGGAACUUGAGGAUCUACAAGAAGCUGCUGGCGGAAGAAAAAGACAAGCCCGAGUUGACUGGAUGUACAAUGGACCUUCGAGCGGCCAGGCUGGCACUACCGAAGAAAUGGAAGGAUACCUGCUGGGCAAGAGGCGGAUAGAUGGCCUAAUCAAGGGCUCUGAGAACCAGAAGCUGGAGAAGUCGGCGACAGAGGAGUCCUUCAUGGCCCUGCAAAAUGCAAACACCGCCCGAGACACGGCUGCGAAGAUUCGAGAAGACCCUAUGCUAGCGAUCAAGAAGCAAGAGCAGGCAGCGUAUGAGGCUAUGAUGAAUGAUCCUAUCAAGCGGAAGUUACUGUUGAAGGCCGCCGGUAGAGAAGAUGUCGGUCGUGAAAGAGAACACAAGCGGAGAAAACACCACCACCAUCACCAUCACAGGCACCGUGAUGACCGUGACAGGUCUGAGCGGACGCGACCGAAUCGAGACGACGAUGACGAACGGUAUGGGAGAAGCAGGCAACGUCAACGGAGAUCAUACACCUCCUCCGAAUCACGGUCCCGGUCGCCUCCCCGAAGGUCAGAGAAGCCACGCUCGCGCUCUCCCUUCCGGAGAAGACGUUCAGCUUCUCCAGCAGAAAGGCGUCGACCACGGUCUCGAUCUCGAUCUCGAUCGUACUCUCCACCUCGACGAAACGGUCACAGCAAUGGCAUCCGAAAGAUGCAGAGCUGGCAUUCUUCACGGCCGGAGCGACCUCGAUCUCGAAGUCCACGUCGUAAUGAACGGGAGAAGGAUAACAGCGCCGAUGAUAGAGCAGCAAGGCUGGCAGCCAUGCAACAGGCUGCAUCAGAGCUUCAUGACGAGAGAGAGCGAAGGCUCGCUGACAUCGCCGAGCGAGAAAGAGCCGACCGGGAGCGAGACGAUGCUGUUCGAGCGAAGAAUGCCAAGCACGGCGGGCGCGCGGACUUCGUCAACAGUUUCCACAAGAGAGCUGGAGAUUUAACUCUGGGUGAGCGUAUGGGUCGGAAUGGAGCGUCGCGGAGAGAAGAUGACGACUGA